AUGAUUUAUUCUUUAGCAAUCUUAGCGGUUUUCAUAGUUUUCUGUUCCGCACAGAAGACUAUUUGUGAGGAAGGAGGAGAAUACGGGCCUUCUCCCAUGGGCAUGUGUCCCCUUGGCUCCUACGAAGUUAUCAAUCAAAUGUGUUGUAAAGAAUCGAAAAUUCGCCAAGUGGCCUGUGAAGAUCAACUCGAUUCGAAUGGAAAGAGUAUGUGUCCGUUGUCAAGAUUGGGAUGCUACCGUAAACUGUUAGGAUCGUUGAAAGAAGAAAUCGAAUUAUGCACAAAGACUUGUGAAUAUUGUCCAAUGCCACCAAGAUUCAGAUAA